UCUUGAGUCAAUGACGGACAAGCAAAAUCCGAUCGCAUGCGAGCCCUGUCGCCAGAAAAAGUGCAAGUGCGACCGAAUAUUACCCGCCUGCUCGCAGUGCUCUGACCCUGCGAAAUGCGUUUACCCUGAAAGCGGGAAACGCGGCCUGCCGCAAGGCUAUAUAACACACCUGGAAAGCCGGCUCGCAGCAACAGAACGCGCUCUUUAUAGUUCGUAUUCAUACUUGCGGACCUCCUCGCCGCGGUCCUUCAGCAUUCCCAACUCGUCUCAACCAGGCCCGUCGCGAACGGCUGCCGUCAACGAAUGGUCACGGCUCCCGCUGCGCAAUGCGGACGACUUGGAGCUCUGGUGGGCGGAAAAGACGCCGUUGUAUGGAACCGCCGCACGCGAUGCAUUCUCUGAAUGGGGUCUGCCGACGAGGGAUAAGGGUAUCCCUGCGCCAACCAGUCCAGUUAAUCUCAACAGCAGGCAUGUUGAUGCGGGCCCUUCUACAGGACACCCAAGAGAAGGACGAGCAGAGCUUCUGGCAGAGUCGGAGCCAUCCGUUUACUUUUAGCACAUGUAUUAGCCAGCACUUUCAUUUUAGCACUACUUCCUACUUUGAUCUUCGCAUUACUCCAUCAAUUGGAGAGUCUCCAAUCGCUACUCACUUCACCGUGGAGACCGAGGUGCCGAUAAGAUGAGGGGUUGCGGGGUCAAUCCCAAUAACUAUCCUGCCUGCGUCACUUCUUCUCGUCUCC